UUAUUUUAAAUAUUCCAGUUCAGUUGUCUUAAAGUUAGCUUGAUUCAGAGGCCCAGCAGCCCCAAGGUAAGACAAUCAUGAUUUCAGGCAAACUCCUUUUCCUCUUCCAAUUUUGUGUUUGUGGGCUCAGUUCUCAUGCUACUGGCAGUUAGGAGCACAGUGUUUACAGCAGAAUUAGAGAUGUUGAUUGUUGCUCCUUAUAGAUUGGUGUGAAAGGCACAGACCACAAGUUUUCAACUUGUAUUUUGCAAAUACGCUUGGCUGUUGGGAUCCCUUGGGAAUUGUCGCGAGGUUUUGGAUUCUGAUACCUCACAGGCACUUUGCAGAGAUGCUAUUAGAAGCCACCACAUGCUUAUCUAAUCAGGUGGAAUCAAUUACAGGAUUCUUUGGCACAUGAGUGAACAGCUAGGGCACCUGGGAAGCUAUGGAAGCUUUGAAGCUGCCAUAGGAAGAGCCACCACUCCAGAUCAAGCCCCGGCACCAGCUCGACCAUAUCAGGGUGUCCGAGUGAAGGAGCCAGUGAAGGAACUGCUGAGGAGGAAGCGUGGCCAUGCCAGCAGCGGGGCAGCUGUUGCACCAACUGCGGUGGUGCUGCCCCAUCAGCCCCUGGCAACCUACACCACAGUGGGUCCUUCCUGCCUUGACAUGGAGGUCUCUGCUUCCACAGUGACAGAGGAGGGGGCCCUGUGUGCCAGCUGGCUCUCCCAACCUGCCCCAGCCACCCUCCAGCCCCUGACCCCAUGGACACCCUACACCGAAUAUGUGUCCCAUGAAGCUGUCAGCUGCCCCUACUCAGCCGACAUGUAUGUGCAGCCUGUAUGCCCCAGCUACACAGUUGUGGGGCCCUCAUCAGUGCUGACCUACGCCUCCCCACCACUCAUCACUAAUGUCACGACAAGAAGCGCUGCCACGCCCACCAUGGGGCCCCCGCUGGAGGGUCCCGAGCACCAGGCACCCCUCACUUAUUUCCCGUGGCCUCAGCCCCUUUCCACGCUGCCUACCUCUACACUGCAGUACCAGCCUCCAGCCCCAGCCCUGCCUGGACCCCAGUUUGUCCAGCUCCCCAUCUCUAUCCCUGAGCCAGUCCUUCAGGACAUGGACGACCCCAGGAGGGCCAUCAGUUCCCUGACCAUCGACAAGCUGCUUUUGGAGGAAGAGGAUAGCAACACCUAUGAGCUUAACCAUACCCUCUCUGUGGAAGGCUUCUAGGGUUUGCUUCCCACUGAGAAUCCUAUUCCCUGCAACUGGGAUUUAAAAACGAGCCUGGAAUUUUAGCCCAGAUUCAUAUCUGUUUGGAAUAGCCAUUUCUUUUUACUCAAAAUUAGAAUUGUAGACUUCCCUGUGUUUUCCCCUCCUUUUCUUUCUCUUUCCCCUCCCUCUCUGCCUUCCUUCCCUUUUCUCCCCACCCCAUAGGGAUAUUGGAAUAAUAUUUUAUGCCACAUGUCACCUGAUGUGUGGCCCAGACAGUCCCAUUUCUGUUCAGUGUUAUUCCUUAGAGAAGACCCCCUCUAUCCCGUGCCCACUGCUUUGAGGUAGCAGCAGCAUGGUGUAUCUGUCCUAGGGCCAGUAAUGCCUUCUAACAUUUUAAGAUGCUUGCAGGGAGCCCAUCCCUGCCAGCACCUCCCAGGUGAGGCAGCCAAGGAAAGACCUGAUGCCAGAAUCCUCGAGUUGUCAGUUCCCACAGUUGCUUUUUUGUUUGCUGUUCUCAGCCUUGGCCGGAUUUAGGGUCGAUCUAGGCAGCAAAGGCUCAAGCCUGGGGCUCAGUGUACUGACAGGGAGGGGUGGGAAGGAAACACCCAGAACAUAAGGAUGCCUGGCCCUCUCUGUGCUGGUGACUAGCAGAAGGGGAGGAGAUGAUGGAGCUGCAUUGGCCCACUGGGGACCUCAGGAUACCAGAGCUGCUGUGUGGAGCCAGAACUGCUUUUGUGAGGAGGGUGGAUAGGGGUGAGUGAGAGACAGAAAGGGACAGAGUAGGGAUGGGAGCACAUGUGUGUGUGUCUGUGGCUGGGGAGGGGUGAAUAGAGAGGGGAGUUUGGGUUUUAUGGAAAGAAAAAGGCAGAGGAAUGAUUUACCUCUAGCUUAGUUGGUGACUAAGAAGGACAAUAAACUUAGGAGAAAUAUUGAUUUAAAAGGUGGGUUUGAAGCUGUUGAGGAUACAGGGAAAGCUGAGUUGUAGUAAACAGGAUGAAUGAUGUGCUUGGUUGUUUCUGCCCCUCUCGAGAUCCUCUGCCAUGACCCCCUGAGGUCUAGUGGUGAGGAGAUCUUUGCUUAGUGCUGUUAUAUGGCUUUAUUUUUUAUUUUUUAAAAUCUUAAAUCAUCCAAAGCCACAAUUACAUGGAGCCAAGGCUUCUUCCAUCCAAGCACCAUCCUUCCUGGGGAUUUAUAGAGCCUCAGCCAGAAGUACCAUUAGGUUUCAUUUGAAAUUUUAUUUUAUCUUUUUUUUUCCUGGAGAAGCAUCAGAUUUGUAGGUGAUCAAGCACGGUUGUCGCUUAGCUCCUGAAAGUGGCUAUGUGCCUUGGGAACUGGUGCAUUGUCUGCUAAUGACACCACUAUUACUGUUAGGCAGACAUUUUAGCCAGUGGAAUCUAUGGAGAAGUAAUGACUUUUCUGGGAAAUGAUAAUUUGAAUUAUUUUCUUUACCAUUUCAGAUUAAAAACUCUGGAGAAAGUUGUCACUUUUGGACUCUUUUUCCUGUUUUGGGUUUAUUUUGGCCCUGAUUUCUCAGUAUCUUCCUAAAAUCCUAGGACACAUAUCUUGAAUUAUUUUUAUUCAGAUGUAAUGUUUAGAUUUAAAAGCUUAAGACAUUUUAGAUGAUAAAUAUACAUCUUGGUAGUGAUGGUAAGCAAGCAAAAAAGAGAGGAGAUCUGUCUGAUGAGCCUUAGUUUCCAUAAAAACACUAUGCAAGAUUUUCCACCUACUUGAUGAUGUGGGAAGAUGCAGAAGUAACCUCCACAAUGGGUUAAGCUUGGUAAAAACUAGCAAGGAAUUAAAGUACUUUAUGUGUUUGCUAGGAUUGAAAUAGUAUCUUUUCCCUUUCUUAAAACUCACUGUCUUGAUAGUAGUAAUCAAUUAAGGUUUCUUCCUGGGUUAUUGUGUAAAGAUGGAAACAUUUUUCAAUAAAGAUUUGUACAGAC